GGUUCAGUCGUAGCAAAAGCAAACGCAUUCAGAAACGCUUCUGCCAUGGACACCGAAAACCCCCGCCACAACUCCGUCCUCGUGCCCUACGUCCGCCGCCGCCGCCGUCUCAUGGUGGUGCCGUCCCCCGCCCCCUCCUCCCCCUCCCCUACCCCUUCCCCUCACCCUUCCCCUUCACCCUCACCCUCCCCUUCCCCCUCCCGCUCCCUCUCUCUCUCCCCCUCUCGGUUCAGCGUCCCCCGCGGCUGGGGAGUCAAGGAGGUGCCCCGCCGGAAUAGCUCUCACUGCGAUAGGUAUUAUUAUGAGCCUGGAACGGGGAGGAAAUUCAGGUCGAUUAGAGAAGUUCAGAGGUAUCUGAAGGGGGGAGAAUUCCCUUGUCGAUCAUCGUCCAGGCAGUUGACGAUACGGAACAGGAGCUCUGGUUAUGAGAGAAAAUUCCUCUCUCUUCGGAAGGCUCCGCGAAAGUUGGUUGUUUCUGAUGGAAAGCUGUUGCAUUUGGACGGCGAACAAAGCCGUUCGGAGGAUCGUAAUGCACCAUACGUUCUUCCAGAUGGUUGGAUCGUGGAAGAGGUGCCCCGCAGACGGUCCAGCUUCAUCGACAGGUAUUACUACGAACCCGGGACUGGACAGAAGUUUCGGUCUCUGGCUGCCGUCGAGAGGCACCUGGUGGAGAUGGACGAGGACAAUGUCCCGUUAUCGAAAACCUUGGAAGACAUCAAGGAAAACAAGCCCCUGGCGAAGAUAUUUAAGCUCGAAAGCCGGUCCAAGAGCUCGGUUCUGCGGAAUAAAAAUCUAUUCGGAGAGAAAAAGCAGGCUCCGUUGUUCAGUGAGCCCCCGAGUAAAGUCAGCUGGAUCAUCUCGAGCGCGCAAGGAGACGCGUGGAACCCGUACGUCACCGAGACGUUGGUUUCCGACGCGAUCAAGCAGCAGUGGAAGGACAGAUUCAUGCUGCUGAUGAACGAAGAGACCAGCGACAUCCCGAGCUCUUGACUGGAUUGAGCUGGCGACUGAUUAUAGUUCCGGACAAAGGGUAUGCGACGUUGGAAGCUGUCAUGUAGUGACGAGUGAAUGAACAGUGUUAAGCUUUCUCCGCUACCGACCAUAUGUUUUGUACAUCCGGUACGCUUCUUACCGUUGGAUUAUUGUGACUGUAUUACUUAUGCUUAUGCUUAUGCUUAUGCUGAGAUUUGUCUCGACUGUGGAGCUUCCGAUCUUUGCAAUAUAUUUUGUAGCUGUAAUUGUUUA